CCAAUUGGCUUCGUGUAAAUUCGGUGUAGCUCGGCUCAUCUCGAGAAACCGCCAUGUUUUAGUUUUGAUUGUAUUAAGAAGAACGUUGCUUUAAAUUUUUUUGAUAUUUUUUAGUGUUUGUUCAAUAUUUCUUGUGAAGAAUAAAUAUUUUUCUGAGGGAAGUUUAGAUUAAUUUAAAUAAAUAAAGUAAUAUGGAUGCCAUGUCAACUGAAAAUCGAGCCGAACAUCUGCAGCUGCGACUACGAUGGCAUAAUCCUGGUGUCAGGAUGCGCGCCGGGCUACGACGAGCCCGAGCCUUUCAAAACGGUUCUGUUCAGCGCUGCCCAGAUCGAUUCCGCCCUGGGCGUAAUCGGUGCGGUUUUGCCCAUCAAUUUACCCGCGAAAAGGCUCAUUUACAGUCCGACCGGCCCGCUCAACAUGGAUUACCACGACGUGCGGAGCUUCGCCGAGGCGGCCACUAAGGGCGUAAAGAGAGCGUUGAAAGCUGGCGUCAGAUGUCCACUGUUCGCGCUCCUGCCGGAUAUCCGCUUCGAGAACGUCGAACUGGUCACUCUUCUUGGAGCCCUCGAAGGUUUCUACGUGCCGCUAGAGGUGCGAGAGACGUGCCCGGAUCGUUGCUACAAGGCGUGUCAACUGGGCGUCUGGAGUCCGAUUUGUAGCAAGAAGCUUCAAGGUAUCGUGAAGCUGGCCUCGGCGCUCGAGAGUGGAAGAUACGUCGCGAGAGACAUCGGCGGCGCAGAUCCCGAAAGAAUGGCGCCACCAAGGGUCGAGGAGUAUCUGGCGGAGCUGUUCUGCGGCUCGAACGUGACUAUGCAAGUGGUGUCCGACCAGGAGACCCUCCUCCAGGAGUACCCGUUGUUCGCUUGCGUGAACCGUGCCGCCUCUAUGAUCCCGCGGCACGCUGGCAGGAUUAUUUUCCUCACCUACGAGCCACCCAAUCCCGCCUGCAUACUCGAAACGGUGAUGUUCGUGGGCAAGGGUGUUACCUACGACACGGGGGGUGCCGAUAUCAAGAGUAAGGGCAACAUGUUCGGGAUGUCGAGGGAUAAAUGCGGGGCGGCGGCCUGCGCUGGAUUCAUGCAGGUGGUGAAUUUGCUGCAACCACCGACUGUGAAGGCGGUGGCGGCUCUCUGCGUGGUGAGGAAUAGCGUGGGUGAAAAUUCGUACGUCUCGGAUGAAGUGAUCACCGCGAAAUCCGGCACGAGGGUACGUAUCGGGAAUACGGAUGCGGAGGGCCGUUUGGUCAUGGCCGAUGCCCUGUGCCAUAUCAAAGAAAUGGCACUGUGCUCGGUCAAUCCGCAUAUUUUCACGGUCGCGACGUUGACGCAUCAUGCGAUACUCACUGCCGGUCGAGGAUACUCGAUCGCCAUGGACAACGCAGUGGCGCGUUUGGUGAGCAACGCGGAAAAGCUUCAAGCUUCGGGCGAGACAAUGGGCGACCCCUUCGAGAUAUCGAGGAUACGAAGGGAGGAUUUCAGUUUCCACGAGGGGCGAACGGAAGGCGACGAUAUCCUGAACUCGGGUAAGGACAGUUCAGGCGUCACGAACAGGGGCCAUCAAGGACCGUCCGCCUUCCUGAUCAUGGCCUCCGGCCUGGACAAGCACGGUGCCUGUAGCUGCUCUCCUUUAAAAUACACGAACAUCGACAUGGCCCCACAUCUGAGCCUACCCCACGAGUUACCCUACAGCGGUAAUCCGGUUCUUGCAUUGGCCUAUUGCUAUCUAAUCCAAGGCAAAUGUCUCACCGUCCGAAACGAUCUGCCGUUCGAGAUGCAGUACGUUUGCGAAGUGGACUGCAAGCCUGUAUGCCUUCAACCGUGCCAACCCUGUCCACCUUGUACUCCGUGCGAUGUGAAGAUAUGCGCACCUCCUAAUUGUUCCUGUUGUCCUCCGUGUACUCAACCUUGUGACCCGUGUUGCCCUCCGGUUUGUCCACCUGCCUCCUGUGCCCCUUGUCCACCGUGUGGGGGAGAAACCGUGACCCUUGUUCAACCAGUGUGCAGACCGAACGUACCAAAGGGGGUGUGUAAUUAAAGAUGAUAUUUCGUUCGUAAGGAUGUUUUGUAAUAAAGUUCUCAAAA